GCCCACCAGAAAGCCCCGCCCCUUCGGUCCUGCCAGGUCUAGGCAAAGACAACGCAUUGCGCAAAACCCAGAGACUGGAGCGGGAAAUAACCACCGAAAUUCAGAACACCCGAACGGCACCGUUUCUGUGCCUGCUGCCAGUCAUUUUCUGCGUGCGCAGCGUCCGUCUUUACAGCUGUAUUUCCCCACGGGACACACGAGCCUACAGUUUCCAGGGCUGCGCGUCUUAACUGCUCUGUGGUUGCGCUGUGUACAUUUGAACCUACUCGCUUUGGGUGAAGAAACCAAGCCUGCGCGCCGGAUCAAAAACCCACUAAGCGGCUCCGAACCCUAAAACGUCGGGUCGUCCCGCGAUCCCUGCCUGGAUUCCGAUGUGCCUGGGAGUACCGGGACCCGGCCUGCUGGCCCAGGGGGCUGUCCUGGACCUCACUCUCCUCUACAUGCUCCUGAGCUUCCCGGAGGACACCCGAGCCCGCUCGCACUCCCUGCGGUAUACCUACUCGGCUGUGUCUGAGCCAGGUCCCCGAGUCCCUGCGUUUUCUGGCUUUGGCUUGGUGGACGAUCAGCCCUUCAUCCGCUAUGACAGUGAGGAGAUGACAGCAAAGCCUUGUGUUCCCUGGUUGCUGGAGGGACCAAGAUACUUUGAUGACGAAACCAAGAUCUUCACAAGUCGGAUGAAGAUUUUCCACCUAAACCUGAGAAACGUGCAGCAAUACUACAACCAAAGCGUGGGGCCAGGCCUGGACAGAGGACGCCCACAGAAGCCGGCAGGGCACAGAGCAGGCCCCCACACCCUGCAGUUCACCUACGGCUGCGAGCUCCAGGACGACGGCAGCACCACGGGGUACUGGCAGUACGGCUACGACGGCGAGGACUACCUGAGCUUGGACAUGGACACGCUGCAGUACACGGCAGCCUCGUUCCCUGCCCGCUACACCAAGCAGAAGUGGGAGGCCAACGGGAACUCGGUGGAGAGAGACAAGGCCUACCUGGAGAAGGAGUGCGCCCUGUGGCUGCGGAGAUACUUGGAGUUUGGAGGCCGGAACUUGACCCGCACUGGUAACCACCUCCUCAGCCCUCCUGCUCGGUGGUCCCCAACCCCCAGCGUGGCCAGUUCUCUCCCGGACAGGAAGGGGGCUCCCCCAGAGCUAGCCCACUGUAGGGGUGUCAGCUACCUGGCGUGGGAGGCCGAGGCCAAUAUACGAGGACGCUUCCCCUCAAGCAAGAGCCGUGGACUUGAGAGCCUCCCCUCUCGGUCUGUCUGCCCUCCACUCCUCCUCAGCCCCCUGGGGAGCACUACCCUAGGAGACCCCUGGGCUAUUCCCAGGCCAGGACCUGCAGCCCUUUCCCCCAGAGCCUGCACCGUGAGUGCCCAGGCAGUUAUCCAGACAAUGGACUGCGGGCUGACGGGAGAACUGGGCGCUUCUGGGGCUCCUGCCCGAGGGGAAGGCGGAGCUGAGCCCCAGGCCCUUCCCUUGGGUCUCAGUUUAGCACGGGGCUGGGCUCCCUCCACCCCUGCUGAAGGACAUCCCUGCCCUGCCCUGCCCUGGCUGGCAGCGACACCAUGGCGAGUUACAGUGUCCUGGUCAUUAGGUAGGUGCCACUCAGCAAGCCUGGACCUGGCCCUCCCUGGAAAGCAGGAGCCCUUCCUGAGACCUCAGCAGGGACAGGACUGA